AAAUAAAUACAAAAAUAAAAAUAGACAUAUAUAUAUAUAUGCUCGAAAACGGCACGAAAUAUCGAAAUAAUUAAAGUGACAAACGUAAACAUGAAAUAUAUAAAUUGCACUCAGCCCGCCAUUGAUGAUUUCCCCAGAGAUCUAUUCACGGAGGCGCAGAGACAGUCCGGUGCUGUUGUACUUCAUGUUAUAGCCAGUUUAUAUUUAUUUGUAGCAUUAGCAGUAGUAUGUGAUGAGUACUUUGUGCCAGCUGUUGAGAAAAUAUGUGCAGCACUCAAUAUGUCCAAUGAUGUGGCGGGCGCCACGUUUAUGGCCGCGGCCACAUCAGCGCCAGAGCUCUUUGUCAAUGUGAUAGGCACAUUUAUCACGGAGGGCGACAUCGGAGUGGGCACCAUUGUGGGCUCCGCGGUAUUCAACAUACUCGCUGUGGCCGCCUGUUGCGGCAUCGGUGCUGGCAUGACUAUACCGUUGGAUUGGUGGCCUCUAACGAGAGAUAGCAUCGCCUAUGGCAUUACGGUCGCCAUUCUCAUCUGUGUGAUGCACGAUGAGCGCGUCGAAUGGUAUGAAGCAUUGAUUCUGGUAUCGCUCUAUGCGGUCUAUUUGGCAGUCAUGUAUUUCGAUAAAUCCUUUCAAAAGUGCGCCAAAGGUGGCGUUAAGCAGGCGCGUUCGCGCAGCCGCUCCUCCAACUGCAGCAUACACACAAAGAACAGCAAUGAGAAGGAACCAGAGCUCGUGGAGAAUCGCAUUUGCCAUAAUAUGGCCAGCAUUCAGCUGAAUGGCGGCCUGAACAACGAUCAGGCCAAGGUCAGCAGCGGCACAGCAGCCGGAGCUGGCUCUGGUGCUGCUCCAGGAGCUGGCGAUGCAGCUGCAGCCGCUGGCGCAGGAGCUGGAGCCGGAGUCGGCGCAGCUGGAACUGGAGCUGGAGCAGGAACUGGGGCUGCCAUUGCACCGGUCGCCAUCAUGGACAAUGCAGAUGCCGAGGCACAAUUGGCUGUUGUUGCGGCGGCAGCAGCUGCCGUCGAGGAGCCCGAACAGGAGGGCUACUCGCUGCUGACAUACCCGAAGGGCACCAGCUGCUUUGCCCAGUUCACCUGGAUCAUUAUCUGGCCGAUACACCUGCUCUUCCGCAUCGCGAUACCCGAUUGCAAAAAGGCCAAGAAUAAUAAGAUCUUUCCGCUUACGUUCAUCAUGUGCAUUGUCUGGAUUGGAUCCCUCUCGUACUUCGUUGCGUGGAUGAUAACCAUAAUUGGCGAUACACUUAAGAUACCCGAUUCGGUGAUGGGCAUUACGUUCCUGGCAGCCGGCACCAGUGUACCCGAGGCCGUGUCCAGCGUGAUUGUGGCCAAGCGCGGUCAUGGAUCGAUGGGUAUUUGCAAUUCGAUUGGCUCGAACACGUUCGAUAUACUGCUCUGCCUGGGCGUGCCCUGGCUGAUCAAGGCGGUCUUCUUUCCGAUACAGUCCGGCCAGAACUACGUGGCCAUCAACUCCGCUGGCCUCGAAUACUCGGCCAUCACACUGCUCUCGACGCUCUUUCUGCUCUAUCUGACCUUCUCGAUGAACAAGUUCAAGCUGGACACGAAGGUGGGCAUCGCGUGCCUGGUCAUCUAUUUGGUAUUCAUGGUAUUUGCCUCGCUCAUCGAGCUCAAUGUGUUCUUUCGCGUCAAUCUGCCAACAUGCGGACGUUCAUGAGCUGGAGUCAGAGUUGGAGUUGGAGUUGGUGUGGGAGCUGGAGCUAAAGCCGAAACUAGAGCUGUAGCUGGAGCUGGAGCUGGAGCUGUAGCUGGAACUAGUACUGCAAUUUGGAGCUGGAACUGGAGAUGGCCGUGCAGUCGUUUUAAUUAAUUAAUUAAUAUGUAUUUCCUGUUCUAUUUCUAUCUACCUUGAUAGUUGAGUUACCUUUAUGCUACUACGUUAUGCUGUUAUUGUAAUACGUUUUUUUUUUUUUAUUAUUAUUAUUAUUAAAGUAGAGGAAACUCUUGCCCCAAAGUGACAUGAAAUGAGAACAAAAACAAAAGCAAAACCAAACAACAACAAAAAAAAAAAAAAACCAAAAAAAC